AUGGUUCAUAAUACGCUCGCCGUCAACUGCGCUCCGACCGAAGAGAAAGAACUAAAAAGGAUAUCUUCCUUGGAGCAACGUGUCGCUGAGUUAGAAAAUACCUUGCUACGGACGGCAGCAGCCGCCCUGGAGAAACGUGUGGCAGAGCUAGAGGCUUCUUUAAGGGAGUCGAAUGAAGAAUGUGAUAAGUUACGAAAGACGAUAGUGGAUAUGGAAAGUGCCUGUAAAAAGGUUAUUCCUAGGACAAAAGAAGAAGACACUUUUGAAGUAAAUGACUUCACCUCAGAAGGUGAUGAGAAGGAUAGUGAAAAGGACAGUGAAAAGGAUAUAUUUGAAAGUUCCGAGGAACAAGAUAACAAUAGUCCAGAGAUUUCUGAUGCACCAUCUGUAUCAUUCGAUGAUAAGGAAGCCGAAGUGAUAUACGGACGAGUAUUAAAAUUAAUUGAAAAUAUGAAAUCCGAUUGCACAAAGGCUAUCCAUCUUAAAAUUCAUACUUCGAUGCUUGGCCGUUCAAGGGCACCCAGUGUAUCAGGCAUAUUCACCCCUUCUCGUCCUGCUACCCCUUCUAGUGGCCAUCAGGUAUCCUCGAACAUCUCCAAUAGUCCCACAAGGAUUCCACCAUCAAGGAUAUCCAGUUUACCAUCACCGAACGGCUCGCAUGUCUCUUCUCGACCUGGCACUCCUUCCGGUGUACACUCAAUCAGCACCCUCAACUCAACCGGUUCAUCAUCCAGCAGUACUGUGAUAUCCCACAAUCUAAGAAGAAAAUCAUCAUCAAUAUCAAGGCCAAGAACACCAAACUGGUUGCCAAACUGCAGUACUCCUUCAGGCGCUCAAUCUCCACCAUCAUGCAACGGAAUAGGUAUCCAGUCGAAUCUUCACUCGAGUAUCAUACCUUCUGGUAUUCCAUCGAAUCUUCCCUCAAAAUCCACAAAUAUUCCAAUGCACAUCCCAUCAAUGCGUCAUUUUAGUAAGUCUCAUGAUUCAUGGACUGCUAUUCUCGAUUCAUUACCACUGAACGUCAACUAA